AUGAAUAAAAAUCCAACUACAACUAUAUUCCACAUGAAAAAUUCUAAUGUCCGAUUCACUACCAUUCGAGGUGGAUUGUGCUGUAAUUUAUCAGAAAUUGAUUUCAACAGUGAAAUAGAAGAGAUACCAGUCGACAAAGAAAUUCGACAACUUCUUUGUGUUGGCAAUUCAAAAGAACGUGCUGUUAAAAUUCAGUUUACACUAAAAGAGCAGAAUGAGAAAUUUCGACUCCGGAUGAACCCAGAAAUAGUCACAUUAAAACGAGGCUAUGCGUGUGAAGUUGAAAUUCUUUUAUUAAUUCGGUGUACACUUAAAAUUAAAAGUGAGGUGUUGAUAGUCUCUAAAAAUUUACAAAGUAAUUUGGACAUUUUUAAUUCGAUCAGAGUCAAAGCCAAAAGUGAGAUAUCCACAAAGUUGGAUCCCGACGAAAUAACACUAGAAAACGAACUUGGUUCGGGCUCUUUUGGUGUAGUUUACAAAGGAAAAUUCAGAGGAAAUGUCGUGGCAGUAAAAAAGAUGCGACGGAUCAUUUCUGAUGAUUUUGACCAAAUGAAGGAAUUUAUGAAAGAAGUGAACAUGCUUGCUAAAUUUAGAAGUGAAUAUAUUGUUCAUUUCUAUGGCGCGGUUUUUAUUCCAAAUAAAAUUUGUGUAGUCACUGAAUUUGCUGCAUAUGGUUCUUUGUUUGGAGUGAUUAAAAGAGAGGAGAAAAUUGAAUUAAAAGUAUUAAUACGAAUGUUGUUGAAUGCAGCAAGAGGACUUGAGUAUUUACAUUUAAAUGGAAUAUUACACAGAGACAUCAAACCAGACAACAUUCUCAUAUUCUCAUUCAAUGUGAAUGAAAAGGCUAAUGCAAAAUUGACCGACUUUGGGAGUGCAAGAAAUGUAAAUAUGAUGAUGACUAACAUGACUUUCACCAAUGGCAUUGGUACACCAGCAUAUAUGGCUCCAGAAAUAUUCUCAAAAGAUAAGUAUAAAAUGCCAGCAGAUAUCUAUUCGUUUGGAAUGACAAUGUACGAGUGUUUGAAUGGAAAGUUUGCAUAUCAAAGUGACACUUUUAAAUACCCAUGGAAUGUUGUGAAUUUUGUAACUAAAGGUAAUCGAAUGCAAAAACCUGAUACAAUCGGUGAUAAGGAAUUCGAAAUUAUAAAAAUGUGUUGGAAACAAAAAGCAGAAGAACGAAUUAAAGUUGAAGACCUUGUGGAAAGACUUGAAAACUUGUUUGUGUAA